UGUCGGGAAGCGGUUCGGGCGGCACCGGUGGGUGGCCACGAGCGGGAAGACGGUGGAGGGCAGUGUGGCCCUGGUGGCAAGCGUGGUGUUGAGCGCGUGGCUGCUGCGUGUGUGCGGAUGUGCAGAGCGGUUCUCGGUGUGGCGGUAUACGGUGGUGUUGAUGCUGGGGGCGCUGCUGGAGGGGUUCAGCGUGCAAAACGACAAUGUGGUGCUGCCGCUGUAUGUGUGGACGCUGCUGGUGUUCGCGGAGGUGUAAGGACAGCCGUCGGACUACAAAUUAGAAUGAAUAGAGUUUGGCGGUGAAUUGAGCACGUGAUGAUGACGCGGGUCUGGAUAUGCCUGGGCGCUGUUUCCCGAUCUGGACGACUGACCUCCUCCUAUUAGCCUUCCACUAUUACCUUACCUUAUUUCCAGCGGGCAUGCUCCCGAGCCAACGCCCCCUGCCUGCACCGACGCCGACUCCCGCCGCCCUCUCCCUCGACGACCUCUCCCGCUCCCUCAAUCUUCCCCACAACACCGCCGCAUACACCCUCCCGACCAUCCCCCGUCUCGCUCUCCAAGCAAAGACCACGCAUCGCCCUAUCCGCCGACCCUCCACUGCCUCGUCCGCAGAGGAGCGCCCGUCCCUUCUCCCGUCGUCCCCCUCCCCCGCCGUCUCUUUCUCAUCCACUUGCGCACCCUGCGGCGUGCAUGACGCUGCGUACGCGCCCGACUCGGACGCGGACACACGCAGCAGCAUGCCUCCGCUCAUGCCGUCCGUCGACGGGCCGGAGGACGCGAGCAUCAGCGAGAUGAACCGUCGCGCACACGCCGCCGUCGAGGGCCUCCGCGCAGAGGCCUCGCGCCUCGCGAACGCAGUCGACGUGCUGCCCUCCCCGUUCGAUCCCACCCCCGUCAACGACUCUGACGAGCCCCAACUCCAGCUCCAGCUUCCCCCGGCGAGCGAGAAGCCUGCGACCGCAAACGCCGCAGACGAGGCCACGUGCGACUGGGCUGCCUUCGUGCACGCGUACGCACUCGGCCGCUGGGACCCACUCCGCACCCCGCACCCGCCUCGUUCGCAGCUCCAGGCACCCAGUCACCCUGGCGCGCGCGACUUGGGGGCGAUGGUGCCGACUAAGGAGCAGACGCAGGCUGAGCGAGAUCGCGAGAUGUUCGAGUCGCCGUGCGAGAUGCACCCACCUGAGACACUGCAUGACCGGGAGGACUCCGGCUCGACGGUAGGUGCCCCGGAGCCGGCUGUCCCGCUCGUGGAUGGGAUCAUCGGUGCGGGGGAGGUGGGAUUGCUCUCACUGUCUCCGAUGUCUGAACAACAUCCCGUGCAACCUCAUACGACAGCGAUCGAUGCUUCACCGGCGUCAACGACGGCAAGUAGCAGUACAUCGGCAGUGAAGACCGCAUCAGUACACAAACGACCGGGGGUGCCCUUGUCGCUAGGCGCGUUCCCGCACAGACUGCGUAGCGCAUUCCCUGCAGUGCCUCCAACGCCCUCACAUGCGCCUCAUCCCUCCACUUCAUCCACCUCCGCGAAAAGUCACGCUCGUCACACCUCAUCGUCGUCAUCAUCCGUCUCGUCCAACCACCAGAUCCCAACGACAGAGGCGACGACAACCGCCGCGGCUAUCCGGUGGGCAGGGGCACGGGUGAGCGUCGCACCGCUCGCGCUGCCGUCGCCGGAGCACGAGCUGACAGACCCGAUGCGCGGCGUGACGGCAGUGAUCCCUGGGUCUCACCCGCCCGAUGCGUUUGGGGGAUACUUUGGGAACGCGUGGACGGCGACUAAUGGGAGGGUAGGAUGGGAGGGUGAGCCGGUGUUCUCGCCGGGGACGGGGAGGAAGACGAGAUUGAGCAGUUUUUGGCAGGGGACACAGGAUGUGGAGGAAGGGGAUCGGGUGGAGGAUGAGGAUGGGAGGGGAGAGGAGAGUGAUGGUGAGAAGGAGCAGGCGGGAGUGAGUGAAAGGAGGAAGGAGAGUGGGAAUGGGCAUGUGAAGGAGGGCUCGAAGGAGAAGGAGUCGAUGAAGUUUCCCUUGCACCCGCCGCCUGCGACUGCGCCGGUGACGUAUACGAUUGAGGAAUCCGAUGGGGACUAUUUCGGGGCGAUGGAUGGGAUGUUCGGGCAGUCAUAUGCGCAUUUCGCGACGACGAGCGAGCGACCGUCCAAAGCGGUGUCGCUUGAGACCGUCGUUAAGCACGAACGUGCGGAAAGCGACGGCGAUGCCAAAACAAAGCCUCUGAGUUUGACAUCCUUCCAAGCCCCACUAGCCGACCAUGAUUCUCAAACGUCCAAGCGGACCUCCGUAUCGGCCUCACCAGAAACUACAUCAACCUCUCACUCACAUACCCCAUCAAUCACGACCAUACAACCGCUCCCUACGCACGCGAACACGACGUCGAUCAUUUCACCGCCGGGCCGAUUUGACGCACAGACGGUGCCCGCGCUCCCGCGGCGCAUCUGCCUUACGCGCCAGACGAGCGCACCACUGCCGCUGCUGAGCAGCGCGUCGCUUCCUGCGGCGGGGCUCGAUGUCGCGAAUGGGUCGGGUGGAAUCGCGGUGAUUGCGGCCGGUGCGGGGCGCACGGGGCGUGCGGCGAAGGAGGAGCAGAUGUUCAGUGAGCUGGGAUAUUUGGCGCCACCCAACCCGCAGGAUGAGCUGGAGCGGAGGAGGGCCUUGUACAGGUUCAAUAUUUGGGGCACGGGCCGGGACGUGAACUUUGACCGGAUCGCGCACUUGGUGAAGCUGGUGUUUAGCACGAAAGUUGUGACAAUUUCGCUCGUGGAUGGGACGGAGGAGUUCUUCAAGUCUGAAUCGGGAUUUGGCACGCAGAACAUGCCGCGGACGAGUUCAUUCGAUGCUCAUGCCAUUUUGCAGAGGGACGACGAACCCAUGGUCGUGCACGACGCACAAGAAGAUUGGAGGUUCGCGCGGAACCCGCUCGUGAUUGGCACGCCGCGUAUCCGGUUCUACGCUGGAUGUCCGCUGCGCACACAGGAUGGGUACAACAUUGGUGUUCUCGCGAUCAUUGACGAUGUGCCACGGAGGGAGUUCGGUCCCAGGCAGCGGCAUACGUUGAAGGAGUUUGCGCAAAUUGCGAUGCGGGAGCUGGAGUUGUGGAAGGACAAGAUUCAACUGCGUAUCAGAGACCGCAUUCAAAACUCGAUGGAGCAAUUUACGCGGGAAUGCCUCGAUCUCGAUAAGGAAGCGGAUGGCGAAAAGGGCCUGUUUAUGGGCACGUCGAUGGAGCAGGUGUACGAGCGCGCCGCGCGGCUCGUGAAGCGAACGCUUGAUGUGGAGGGCGCGAUCGUGCUGGACGUGUCACACGUGGACGUGCUUGAGACGAUCGGCGCGGAGAGCGCGAUGAGCAUCACGCUGCACAAUGCGGAUAGGCAGGCAGGCUCCUCGACGAGCAGCAAGUCGCUCAGCCGCGAGGAGUACGCGCGUCUGACAGAGUUCUUUGCCCGAUAUCCGGAUGGGAAGGUUUGUGAGGGGAUCGUGCCGGCGACGUUGCGCCCGUUUCUGCCGACGAGGAUACAGUAUGCGCUUGCGGUGCCUAUAUUCAACAUUGACAAGCAGCCAUUUGCUUUGUUGUGCGCGUAUAGCACCGGCGAGCGCACGACGCCUUUCCUCGAAGGGCACGAAUUGUCGUAUCUCCGCGCUAUCGGUGUGAUCAUCCUGUCCGCUGUGUUGAAGCGUAGAAUGGUUCUCGCGGAUAAGGCCAAGAGCUUGUUCAUCUCGAACAUCUCGCACGAACUGCGAACACCGCUGCACGGGAUACUGGCGUCGGCCGAGCUGCUCUCUGACACGCCCCUAGAUCAUAGUCAGACAUCCUUUCUGCAGACGGUGGAGGCGUGUGGAACCUCGCUUGUGGAGACGGUCAACCAUGUAUUGGACUUCACGAAGCUAAGCGGCAAUGCGAAGGCGGGCGGUGUGGAGAAUGCCAUUCAGCAUAGCAGGGUUGACCUCAUGCAGCUCGUGGAGGAGGCCAUUGAGGGAGGUUGGAUAGGACACCGCGCGAGGAUGUUCACGUCCGAGAUUGGCAGCGUGUAUUCGCCGCCGAAGCAGGAUCGCCCAGCCGUCCUCCCUGAUCCUGCAGAGCAGCAUGUUGAGACCGUCAUCGACAUAGACUUUGGCUCAACGAGGGGCUGGACCUUCAUGUGCGAGAAGGGUGGCAUUCGUCGGGUGUUGAUGAACGUAUUUGGCAACAGCUUGAAGUUCACAUCGGACGGUUACGUUCACGUCAUGCUUCGACAACUGCCUCCGACGAGCGAGACACCGAGCGACAAGGUUCGCCUGGAACUCUCUGUGAUCGAUACCGGAAAGGGCAUCAGCCAGCAUUUCCUCAAGAAUCAACUGUUCCAUCCAUUCUCGCAGGAGAACCCAUUGCAGACGGGUACGGGACUCGGCCUGGCUAUUGUCAACAGCAUUGUACGAUCUCGUAGUGUGGACGGCAAGGUCGAUGUCUGGAGCGCAGAGGGCGUAGGGACCGAGAUCAAGAUAACUUUUGAUGCGGAGCCAGUCGAAGAAGAGCAGUCCUCAUCUUGCGACGAAGAGAUGGUGCAGGUGUACGACCACAUGAAGCGGCCGACCGUGUCGUUGCUAGGCUUCAACGACUCGCACCGAGGGGUCCAGCUCUUGCGCUCUGUCGUCAGGUCGUAUCUGGUGUCACGAUGGGGAUUCACUCUAGCUGAGGAAGAUACCGUUGGUCAAAUUGUGAUCGUCAAUGAAGAUCUUGCGCCCCUGGCUGCUGCGAUCGACAGCAAACAAGCAUCUAGGCCGUUCAUUAUUCUGUCGUCGCUUCGUGGUGACCCUCGUCUCAUGAAUAUGGUUGGCGAGUAUGAACGCAUCGGGGGCUUCUGUCGAAUUGUGUACAAGCCUGUCGGCCCGAUCCGUUUACACGCCGCGCUCAAGAUGUGUCUGCACAUUAUCAACAUAGGUCAAGGAUCUCGCACGCAGUCUACAGUGCCCACGCGCCCGGAGUCGCCUGUCGUCGAGGCAUCGCCUCCCUCGGAGGACGUGGUCACGCCUGAGGGCAUUCUGCCUCGUCGCUGCUCGGAAGAUGGGAUUGCCACGAUGCAAUGCAGACCCGCGCUUGCUCCUCGUGCUGCUACGAUUCAUCCGCUUGCCAGUUGGUCUCACAUGACUAUCUCUGCUCCGGCGGAUGGAAACGAGUCCGAACCGCCGGAUUCUUCCGAAUCAGUCCCAUCGACCCCCACUCCCCUUAUCGCUGUAGGCUCCGGAGGAACGUUGCUCAGGUCGUCUGUUGGCUCUCUUGGUGUUCGAGGGCCGCUGCGGGUACUCGUCAUCGAGGAUAACAGCAUCCUACGAAAUCUACUAAUAAAAUGGCUUAGAAACAAGGGCUACGACUUUCGGGAGGCGGUGGAUGGGCAAGAAGGAGUCAGUAUCUUUGAGAGCGAUGGACAUUUCGACGUCGUCCUGGUAGAUUUAUCUAUGCCUGUGCUUGACGGUGUCGGUGCAACCAUGCAGAUGCGAUCGAUAGAAACGAUGCGGAAGCGGGUUGAAUCUCGUGAUGAUCAUCAGAAGCCAUCGCGUGCUGCUCGCAUCCUAGCGCUCACUGGCAUGUCCUCACUGGAAGAUAAACGCCGCGCUUUUGAAGCCGGCGUAGACGGAUACUUGGUGAAGCCGGUUGCGUUCAAAACACUAGACACAAUGUUCCAUAAACUUGGCAUCACACCAUGACUGAGAUGCAGACACUUUGGAAAAUCAGGGAUGGCCGUCCCAGGAUCUUCGCACUCAUAUAUUCUAUAUCAGGUCAUACAUCGUCUGCCCCGACGUCCGAUAUAUCUAUAUUGCAACAGACACACAUACCUAGUAGGUCGCAUUUGUAUAUCCAUCUCCUGCUAGUGCUACUCUUUACGUGUCAGACUACGCGUAUUCUACCCUUCCAUCACUCCAUAUUCUUAACCAUGUAGCCUCCUAGCCUAACCCUCCUCUUUCAAUGCUCUAGUCUUACCGGAUAAUGGACCACUUUACCACAUGAUACACGAUAUAUAACACGGGUUUUUGCGUGUGAAGUCGUAUGCUGACGAGGUGAAGCCGCUGGUAAGGUGUGCUCAUGUUCGAAAGUAUUGCCAUGCUUUCUAUAGUGGUGCCUACAAAAGAUUCGAGAAAUGUGGAGUUGAGCCGCAAAUAG